GAACAGCGAUUUUAGUAUUCUAUGGCACGAUAAUAAAAUUUAUAGAAUAUCCCAAAAAGUUAAUUCAAGGCAAAUUUUUUUGAAAAAUGUAAAUCCACUAUGGCGACUCAAGAAAAACUACAAAAAUCACUGGAAUCUCUAAAAAACCUGCUGAAUUCUAAUCAACAGACGGACAACGCGAAGAAAAAAGAAAAAAUUCAUCAUUGUUUGGUCAUAACGGAAGCUAUUUCGAAUCCAACAAUCAGAAUAUCAGCUAACUUCUCUGUACUACUUGGUGUGACAAUUGAAACAUUUUUAACUCUUUGCGAUGAUUCAGAUUCUGAUGUACGAAUGAGAAGUGAUGAAUGUCUAAACAAAAUUAUAAGGUCGGUCACUGAAGGGCACAUAGGGAAAGUUCAAAUUGAGCUGCAUAAGGAGAUUAAAAAGAAUGGAUCAGCUAGGUCCCUACGUUUAGCUUUAAUGAGGUUUUCUCAGUUGGCUCACCACAUUAGACCACACAAAGGAAAACCCUAUAUUGUUAACUUGUUUCCCAGUAUUAUAAAAAUUACUGAGAGAAGUGAAGAGUCCAUUCACGAGACUUUAGCUAGCUGUUUGCCAAAAAUUAUGAAAGUGCUGGGUUGCUUUGCCCCAGAAAAUGAAACUAAGAUUUUGUUAAAGUCAUUUUUAAAAAACAUCUCUAACCCAUCUGCAGUGAUUAGACGAACAUCUGCAAGUUCCAUUUUGAUUAUUUGCCUGAAUUCUAAGAGGCCUUAUACAUUUGUGACCUAUUGUACUGACAAUGUCCUUGAUUUGGUAAUUCCUGUUGAAGACAAGCAAAAUAUACCAACAAUAAUGGGAGUACUUGGAUGUUUAAAAGUCUUAUUGCCUUAUUUAAAGGAUACACCAAUAAAUUAUUUUGGAUCAUCUAGGGAAGAAAUUCAAAUAUUCCCUCUAAUCAAAUUGUUGCAGAUAUAUGAACUAUGUAUGUAUUAUUUAAAAAGUGAAAAUCAUAAUGUUAUCAAUGCAGCUUUUGAAACUCUAAACAUCUUGCUUCAAACGGCCAGUGUUGAACUUAAGGCUACAUUAUUAAAUCCUAGAGGAAUUGAUAAAGCGAGAAUAUAUAAAAAUCAUUAUGUAAGCCAUCUCAAAUCUCCUAGUCAACUGAGUGUUGUAACGAACUCAACUUCUGUGGAUGAUAAUUUAUUCUCGGACUGUGAACUGACUGAAACUAUUGAAUCAGACAUGAUUGAAAAAUGGAUAGGAGAGUCAAAACUGUCAGUAAUUAAUGUACCACUUACAAUCACAACAAACAAAUCGGUAUCUGUAGAUACUUUAACUGGGUGUUCAGAUUCAAAUUUUCAGGCUAUUGAUCUCUCUGGCGAAAAAAUGCCUGAAAUUUUUGAAAUCAAACGUAAAAGCAGUAGUGUUGGAGAUCAGUUGGACGUUUUGAGUGAUCGAUCAUCGGAAAACAGUUAUUCUGUAGCAUGUGAUUUAGACGAAGUAGAAUAUCAGGAAUUGGAUGUUGGAGAUUAUAUGGAAAUGUCAGUUCCUCUCUUAUAUUGCACCAGAUUUAUAACAAAGUCCUUCCUUCUGUCUGGGGUGCCAAAAAGAUAUGUCAGCGACAAAUUGGUCAGAGUUUCUGUGAAAGCUUCGGCUCUGUCCUGUCUGUCGUCUGUGUUCCGCAUUUAUCCAGCGGGAUUUUUUCAAUUCUUGGAUAAAAAUUGCAAUAGCGUCAGCAAGGGGUACCGAGUCAGCCCUCAAAGGAUAUCGGAAAUUGUCUUAUUUGCAGACCAUCCAGACCUACAGCUCAGGGGAGCGUUAAGAAGUUUAAUUGCAAAUUUAAUUGUUGCAAUAUUGCAUGAAAGCGGAAAGGAGUUUGACGUAUGGAUAAGUGUAAAUGGGCAUCAGGACUGUUUUUCUGAAAUUGAUAACUUCAUAGAUAUAUUAUUAAAGGGUCUCCAAGAUGAAAAUGCGAAUUGUUUACGUCAAAUUUUGUUAAAUUUAUGUCCAGUUCUGAAUGGAAUUUUGGUGUCGUCAAAAAAUCAGCACGUCUUACCAAUUUUAGCGAGGUUGCCAUUUUUGGCAUAUAAUCCUUACUGGCUGGUAAAGGUGGCAUUGGCUGAAUUGGUAGCGAAGUUGUGCUACACGACCAUAUAUCACGUGACGGGAAACAAUAAAUUUCAGAAUAAAACGUUUAAUGUUUUACUGCUAUUGCUGCAGGACUAUGACCAGAGGAUAAGGACCGCAUCAGCCAACGCCGUCGCUGAAAUCGUAAAAAAAUUUUAUUACGACGACUUUUGUCCGAAAGAUUCGGUAGUAGUUGCUAAGGCCAUAGAAUACUGCAAAUUAUAUCUCACUAGUUUAAGUACCAGGAAACUGGAUACUCAUAAUUUAAAUAUAAGGCAUUUUAUGGAAAAUAUGCCCACCCCGUAUUCAUAUAUUGCUCAUGAGGGCUGUGAUAGGCUAGAGUUCACUUUAUCGAAAAUAGUAUCGAAUUUGUACAUUAGUGUGCUGAAGUCGUCUUCGAAGCAUUUCAUUUUUGGUUGUGUCGAAGCUUUGUCUAUGCUGUCGACUCGUUACCCGUGUACAGUGUAUAGAAGAGCGUGGACCAAUCUCAAGGCAUCUAAAUCGAGCAAUUCGGUUGGGGUAGUGUCAAGUGAAGUGCCAGAUUUGUUGAGUCUGUGCAUAAACUUUUUGACGGGCUCCGCCCAUGUGUAUGACAUCAGGUUUCAGAUCCAUGUGAUCAGUUUAGCUGCCAAUUUGUUUGCAGGUUAUUCCGUUUGUAAAAUAGAACCUCCCACUGAUAUGAAGCCAUAUUUGUGGCACAUGUUUUCCGACAAAUCGUUCAGAUCCCUUUGUGAACAAUAUCUGACGUUCAUCAUGAAACUAUUGAACAUAUUCCACCACGUAAUCAACGAUAUCACUCCAGUUUCCAUUCCAAAUAAAACCAGUCUUCCUCAUUUACCCGCCCCUAGUACAAUUUCCCCAAUCAAACGAAGAAAAAGCGAUUUGGAGAAGAAACAAACGCAAGCAAAAGCAAGCGAAAAAGACGAGAAAAAAACGUGCGAAAUAGGAAGUUUCGUUCAGAGUCAACAUUAUAUGAAAAUUUUUGAAAAUCUUAGAAAUUCCUUUGCAAAUUAUAAGAUAUCGUUAGAACCUGAGGCUUCGGAAAAAUUUGUAGAUUUACUGAAAAACACGCUGAACGCUUUGUCAGUGAUAAUGGAGGUCGCAACUCUAAAUGAAUUCGGUAGAAUGGCCGAAGAAAUUUUAACCUAUAUGAAAUCAACAUUCACCAUGGACCCUAAUUCGACUAUGCAAUGUGUUCAGCAAUUACUGAAAUGUUUAUUUGAUACGAAUUUAACCGCAAAUUUGUCUAGCGUUCUUCAGGAAAUUAAGAGUCGUGAUGAAGCUCCCAAGAAUUGCGGAUUGUUCUACAAUUUAUUUCAAAAUCCCUAUGAUGAUAUUGCAUCUAGUAUAGAAAUGCUACGAAACAAUAGUAAAAUCGAUUACGAUGGCGACUAUACAAUUAUGGGUUAUUUGCAUCGCCCUGGGUUAAAAAGUAUCGUCUCCAUAUCAAAGGCAUCGGAUAAAACACUCGCCGACUACAUUAGAAUAUUCGAACCCAUGGUGAUAAAGUCAUUGAAGCAAUAUACCGUCACAAGCGAUGUUAGGCUUCAGUCGCGUGUUCUGCAACUCUUAAACCAACUGGUACAACUUAGAGUCAAUUACUGCUUACUAGACUCUGAACAAGUGUUUAAAGACUUUGUACUGAAGCAAUUUGAAUAUAUCGAAGAGGGUCAAAUUUCAUUUUCAGAGGAGCUUAUUCCGAAAAUCUUCCAAUUUUUCGUCAGCCUAUCGUACAGUAAGCAGCAUUCAAAAAAUAUCAUUAGCAUACCCAAAAUAAUUCAGCUUUGCGACGGUCUCAUGGCAAGCGGUCAAGAUCCGCUGACCCAUUGCAUUCCCGCGUUGGAACCGAUAAUAGAGGACAUUUUCCUUAUAAGGAACAAAGCUAACACCACAGACAUGAAUGAACUGGAAACGACUAGGGAGGUGAUGCUUUCGAUGCUUCUAAGGCUGUUUGAGUAUAAGGAGGUUGUUAAGUUGAUCACUUUGAUCUUGGAAGAUAGCAAAUAUUGCAUCGACGAUCCGACAAAAUGGUUCAGGUGGUCUGGUCAGGCGGUACAGGUAUUUCUUCAGUGCCUCAAGGUGGACAAAAUGAAACUAGACGACGCAGACGCGUUCCAUACCCUUUGGAAUUUCGUUUUGGCUCUGCAUCCCAAAGUUUUUGAAUCGGUCGGUGAUAUUGUAGUGAUGAUUUUUCAAUCCCCACCUCAAACAGAUGACUCAGUUGCAUUAGACAGAUGGUUGUCGAAAAUCAUAAUUUUAUUAUUUAUACUGACCUCGUUGAAGGAAGAUGAUUUAUUAUGGAAUAUCGAUGAGGUCAAGGCGGAAUUCAAUCCGGGCAGUAUUUUUCAAAAGGUCCCCACUACCGCAGAUCCGCUCAACGUUCACAACAACGCCGAUGUUUUUAACGGUAUUUCCCCGGAAGAAUUAGUGUCCAGACUGUAUUUUAGGGUCGCGUCGGUGGUUUCUGGUGAAAUUUUAAAAAGAAUGACCGACGGAAAAGUUAGUGACUUUUUGGUUUCUCAGUUGACCGUGUUCUUGUUGUGUUGUUCCUACACCUUUCAGUCAGGUAGCCACUGUAAAAUAAGUCGAAUCGCUUCUACGUUAGUAGGACGAACGGACUGCGAUAAUACUCUUAAUAUUAAUGAAGUAAACGAGAGGUUUUUGAAAAUUGGGGGUGCCUACCCGACCUUAACGUUAUACUGGGGUUACGUUUUAAGUUUUCUAAAUUUUAAGGAUAUUUUGUAUUGGGAGCAUAUUUUGAGCGGAUUUAAGGAUGGAAACUGUCGCAUGGAAAAGUCAAUUAACAAGGCGAUCGUCCAGCAAGGCGGUACCAUAUUACUGUGCGAUUAUCUGACGGAAAAUUCGAAAGAUAUUGCGGAAAUAAAUUGGACGUUAACUAAUCAUUGCUACGAAUUGGUACUAUUCGUGGAGGAGCUCCCGGUUUAUGAAUUUAUCUGUUUUGUUCAUCGGUCGCCGGAACACAGUAAAACUUUCAUCGAAGGUGUGAUGAAGCAUUGUCUGACUGUUGACAACCCCGUUUUUAAAACCAGAAUUCUCAAAUCUAUAGAAACGUGUCACUGUUCCCAAUUGGGCGCGGUUGUUAAAUUGCUAGUGCCUGAAAUGUUAUAUCACAACCAAGUCGCUGUCUCCGGAAUGGCGUCCAGCCUGGCAAGUCGAAAAGUCGAGCUACUACUAACGUUCACCCUUGAAGAAGUGCACAGUCAGUUGACAAGGGAGGAAAUAUUUGACAUCAAACGGGCAAUGCGCGCACCCAGAAGACACGAAACCCUGAAAUGUCUUUUAAAUAAAUUGCUGAUUCAGUUUUACGAACUGAGCCCUUUGGAAUUCGACGCCAGCAAUUUGAACGCAAGUUACGUUAGAACUUUGAACAUAAACAAGGAUUGGUAUCUCUCGGAAAUAAAAAAGAAUUAUAGCAAUUCGACGCCCAAGCAAAACGUGGCCGCCGUUAUCGAUGGGCUGGAAUUUGAAGAGAUUGUAAAUUUUUUAUCGGAUGCUGAAUUCGGAAAAAUUUUUAUCGGUGAAUGCAUAAAAUUUGGAAUGAGCAAAUUAAUUAGUCACGAUUCAAAGGAGGAACCGCUUAUUUUAAAGGCUGCAGUUCAAGAGCUCUUCAGCCACAUCUCUGAUUUAUUAUCUAAUGUCUUUUUGCCUCACGAUAUUUUUCAAUUAGAUGAUCCGGGGACUAACUGCAAUAUCAACGACUAUACAAGCACCAUGAUUCAGGUUUUAUAUAGAGAUUUAACUUUUCCGUCUUCGGUAGAAAAUAUUUCCGUCUCUCUGCUUUCAUUGUUAGAAUCUGCCAUGCCAGAGGACAUCGCUAGGCUAAAAAUUUCCCAAAGUUGUUUCAGCAAUAUAUUUAAAUUUGCGGUAAUGUCGUUGGAGUUUAUAGAUUUUAGUAUGCGCGUCGACAAGACUUUCAAAAAUAUCAAAUUUUUAGAUCUUUUGUUGCACUGUUCCAGUGUAAUCUUUUCACAUACCCAGCAACUUUUAGCAUUCGUGGCCAACGAAAGUAUUACCUGGUUGUGUUCAGCUGUUAACAGCUUACAUAAAAUAGUGACAUUCUUAUUAAAAGGUGCCGAAUCUAUUCCAUUAGCUGAAAUGUAUGGUACCUCCAAAAUUAACCCGUCAAACCCCCCCCUCCAUGCCUGUCACCGACUGUACGUACUGAUUACUUGGAUUCAGUCAUUGAAAUCUUCCGUUCUUCCCGUGGGAAUACCUAAUUUUUUAUUCGUUAAUAUCAAAAGUGUAAUUAUUUCCGUGGCUAGACUACCCGUAUUUAACUCAUACAUCUUGGUUCCGGAAAAAGUGUGGAAAUCUGGUUGGGAUCCGAUAUUUUCCGGAGAGCAUGGCACCCAAGUUCCGCCAUUGCAUUUGGAAUUUUUACAAGAGGUCGAGAUUUUUCAAGAGUAUAUGUUCCGGAUCAGCUUGCUAGGCUGGGCAACCAGACAACAAUUUGAAGAAACAUGGAUGUGCUUUCUCAGUGUCUUGUGUUGCCCUAUUGAUAAUCGCGAGUCUGAUGAAUUUGCAAACUCUAUUUACGUGUCCAGUCAAGCCGUGAGAGCGAUAACGGUAUUAUUGCUGCAAACUUUGAGGAUUCCGGUUUUGGGCAAUGAGUCAAUGUCAAUGCUGUUACAUGCCUCAAGGAAUAAAGUGAUAAGAGAGAGUCAACAAAGUAUUAAAAAGUUGAAGCUUGUACAGCGCACUAUCGAAAAUGAAUUCCUAAAAGCAUUUGGUCAGACCAACAGGUUGGUAAACGUAUUUGAGGAAAGAAAUUUUGAAAAAUGCAGCGAUCAUUAUUCUUAUGGGCAGUUGUCAGUUAAAUAUUUUUUGGCGGCAGUUAAUCCGGAAAUGUCGGCAUCUGCCAUGUCCACCAAACGAGCUCAACUCCUGGAAGAGUGCGGUUUAGAUGUAAACUCAUGUUUGCAAUUUUUGUUAGAAUAUUAUAAUCAGCUUUUGUCUCCUGAGUCGGCAAUGUGUGAUCUGCGGAUGCUGCACGAAACUGUGAGGUCAAUCGUGUUUAUUUCCGACCUAUUUACCGAUGUAACGCAAUUUAAGUGGAUGCAGGACACAUUUCUGACCCUAGUCAAAACGCAUUCCGUGGAAGACGAGCUAUUGCACCAAUACCUUAUUCUGGGGAUAUGCAAAUCUGUUGGUGUUUUAAAUCCUGAUUUGGAAAUUUAUGAACAGACUAAAAGGCUACUGGUUCAAUUUAUGAAAAGUAACUUUUUGCCGUCGCGAAUAUCGUGUCUCUACGGGAUGUUGUACAUUUUGGAAGGGUGCCUGGCGAACAAUGUCAAACUGGACGGGCUUUCUGAAGAAAUGCAGCUGAUUUUACCGUGCGCGGUGGAAUACAUCCAGAACCAUUUAAACACCAGUAACUGCGUGUUAAAGAAAUCGCUCGAACACACUUUGCUCGUUUGGUCAGUGGCUUUUUUUAUUAUCGAAAAUGUCGAAGAGAGUCACGUGGAAUCUAAUUUUUUUGAUAGCACUUUACAGAAAGUUUUCGAGGCAUUGAAGAGUAAUGAAGAGAGGAAUAUUGGAACACACCUUAUAAAGGGUCUUGAAAGAUUAAUGCUUACAAGACAAAAGCUCAUUUUGGACAAAAUUGGUAAACAAAUUUAUAAAUUAGCUUUAGAAACAAUGAAAGUAGACGAUCCUUCCACUUCUAUCCUCGGGAUACAACUUAUGGUGACUUACAUGUACACAGAUUGCUCAGAACAGUUGGAAAAACAGCCUUGCGCAGAGACUAGUCCGGAACAACUGGUUCAAACGAUAGAAAAAAUAUCGGCCUUAUUCGAAACUAUUAAAAAAGGGUACCAACUGGAGGUGCAAGUGUUAUGCGCGAUGUUGCCAUCCAUCUUGAAAGACUUUUUCUCUCCGUCUGAUAUUCUUACCAAAGUUAUAGGAGAGUUUUUAUCGCCACAACAACCGCACCCGAAGCUAAUGAGUGGAGUUGUGUUCAAAGUGUUUGAAUCUGCUAUAGAACAAAAUCAGUUAUCCUUGCUCCAAGAUUGGGUAGUGUUCAGUCUUUCGAAUUUUACGCAAUCUUCGUCUAUAAAUAUGGCAACGUGGUGUCUGACUUGUUUCUUUAUCAGCGCGAGUACCAACAAGUGGCUCAGGGCUCUUUUUCCCCACGUACAAACGCGGAUUGGUCGAUAUGAACAUGAGGAUAGAGCAAUGUUGUGCAUAGCUGGAUCAGACUUUUACCGAAACUUGACCAACGAUAAGCAAAAGGUGAGGUUCGUCGAAAAUUUCCAGAGCGUGAAAGAUCCUGCGGACAUGAUGUUCAGAGAUUUGCUAAACUCGUUAUAAAUCUUGACCGUCGAGUGAUAUAGUUAUAAGUUCAGAUCUAUAUUUGUAUGUAAGUUCAAUAAAGUUAUUG